AUGAACCUUGCCCAGUUUACCAAGUCAAAGGAGAUGCUGACUGAAUGCAUGAGCUAUCAACCUUCGCCCAGUCCAACCAACAUUCUCCAGUCAGUGUCUUUCUCAAAUGCAUGCAACAUUGCCGUCAUCACGGACGCCCAGGCGCUCAUUGUAAAACAGGUGGCUGAGAACAAACCCCCUCUGAGAGCAGUAAGUCAACAGGCUGUUGUGGAAAAUUGUCAAGGCUGGACCGUCCGAGUGAUUGCUAAACUUGUGGCCAGAGGUGUUGUGGACAGUGCUAGGCUCGAGAUGGCUAGGUCCAUGGUCCAACCAAUCUGA